UAUGUCUAUUUUAAAUAUGUAUUAGUCAAAUUCUAGGUCUGCUCUGUCUAAAGAUAGAAUAGAUGGUCCAUCAACAACUACUCCUAUGAAAUUACUUAAAUCUUAAUAAUAGGAAAGAGAAAAACUUUAUAAUAGUCAUAUAAUGCAAAAAGCCUUAAUUGAAUCUUGCAAGAAAUCUAAAGAAAAUAGAAUGAAUUCACCAACUUUCAAAGUUACGGAUACUAUUAUAUAAGUAAAUCUUAAUAGGACAAUAGGCAAAUUAAGAUGCUCCAGCAUAAAAAUCAGGAAAAAAGAAAGGAAUAUUUAGUGGAAUAGAUUCCUAAAUAGAUCCUUUUAGAAAUGUUCAUACUUCAACAAACAAGACUAAUGUUAAGUUGAUGAUGUUUAAUGAUGGUCAUUUUAUGAAAAAAUAUCAACAAAAAUAAACAGAUAUGCAAUAAGAAAAUAAUCAUAGAUAUUCAAUAAAAGUGUUUUAAUAAGAGCCCAGAUAGGAUAUAGCCCAAAAAAAAGUAAGAAAGAGUGUUCCAGGAUAGCCAGUAGCAAAAGAUCCAAUUUUGUCUCCUGAUUCAAAAGUCGAUAAAAAAGUAUGAGAUUGAUAAUAUAAAAAGCUUAGGAUUUCUAGUUAACAAAAGAUUGAACAUAAAGAUUAGAUAGAAAGCAUUAGAACAUAUUAGCAUGCAAAUUCAUCUUUGGGUUUUCGAAAAAGCGUACAAGAAGGUUAAUAAAAUGAUGUUAGUCCAAUAAAAAUGAGAGAAAGUAAUACAUACAAAAGUGAUAUGAAAAAUAUAUUAACUUAAGAUGAGCACUUUAUAAAACUUGUAAUUAUUGAUUUUUUAUAUUGAUAGUUUUCAAGGACUGAUUAUAAAGGUUGUGACAAUAUAAAAAAAUCAAAGAAGCCUUGUUUGAAAAUGGAUGUCCCAAGACCGAUUUCAGCAUUUGCUCUAUAUGAAAAGUGAUAUAAAUUUUAAAUUAAUUUACCUUAUUAAUUACUGUAUAUAGGUGUUGUAAUACAAAAUUUGAAUUGACAAGAGCAUAAAUAAGAUGCUUGAGUGUGUUUAAAUAAUCCAAAAAGAAUUUUCCCAUUUUCACAUAAUAUUAAGAUCUAUCAUUUUAUGUUGCCUUGGACUCUUCUCUUGAUGAAUACUAUAAUAUUAUCUUCAGAAUGAGUGAACUCUUCAAUAUAUGUUUAUUAUAUAUUAAGAGAGUGAAACAAAGCAAUUUCACUUUGAAGUGA